CGCUGUCAUGGUUACAAUGAAAGACGCUUUGUGUUCUCCGCCCGAUGCCAUGUGGGCUGCUGAAUCACCGCACGGAUUUAUCACAGAAAAUGGGAGGUUAAAGUGAAAAUGUAAACUUUCCAACGCGCAGAAGCCUUCACGUGACUCCGUGGCAGCAUUCUUGGAUCUUUUCCCUUCCGUAAAAGGAUGACAACAACAACACAAUAGGGUUGGCGACCUGCAAGAGCUUCAGUUCCCAUGCGCUGGAUCUCACAGGCCCCUCCAAAGAACCCCAUGAGGAUACAGGGACAGCCCGAGGGCGCAAGGAGGCGUCUGGAUCUGAACGCCGUCGGUGAGCUGAGGGGCGUGGAGGUCAUCCGUGGUCGUGCCGGAUAUGGCUUCACCAUCUCGGGUCAAAGGCCUUGCCUGUUGAGCGGCAUCAUGGAGGGCAGCCCCGCCGACCUGGUGGGACUCAAACAGGGGGACCACAUCGUGGCCAUCGGCGGAAACGACGUGUCCACCGCCCUGCACGAGACGGUGGUGCAGUUGAUCGGCAGCUGCGAGGGACCCCUGCAGCUGGUGGUGCACGGCGCGAGCCGCGUCAUGGCUAACCCCAUUCUUAACGACGCAAAAUUCGGGACCGGCCCGAAGCCUGGCGCUUUCCAAAAGCCCGCCGUUCUCCGCGCCAUCUCGCACGAUUCCAGCAACUCCGCCUUCAAUUCCAGUCACUCCGCCGUCGCCAAACAGAGGCCGGUGUCCGAGCCUGACAUGUCGCAAUGGGGCGGGCGCCAGCUCAACCCUUUCGGCGAGCAGCGGAAGAAGGAGGCGCCCGGGGGCCAGGACUCCGUGUUCAUGGACCGAGCGAAUCCAGACUGGAACGUGCUGAACAUGACCCUGGUUGUGGGCUACCUGAGCUCCACGGAGCUGAUUUUGAACCCCGCGGAGUCCGAGGAGAGCUGCCUUAAAGCCAUCCGGGAGCGAAUUCGGCUGCUGGGAACGGAGCAGAGCACCCACACCCUGGUGAUGAUGAAGAUCAUGUUCGACUGCGUGCGGCUCUGUGACGACGCGGGGGCCGUUUUGGCCGCGCUGCCUGCCGAGAACCUGGUCCUGGGGGCCGUGUGCGCCGAGGACCCGCGCUUUUUAUGCCUGGUGACCACGGCGCACGUGAUCGACGGUCGCAUCCCCGAGGACGGCCCCCUGCGGGCCUCCUGCCACGUCUUCUUCAUCGACCCCGAGCUGGGGAGCCACGAGGACCACAUCGGCAUCGCCGGGCGCUUCGGCUUCGACUGCACUCCGGAUCCGGACGCCUCGGGCUGCCUGGAAUUCCCACCGUCUCCCCACGACGUGCUUCACUUCGUCACCGUGCUGUACAGCGACAUGGGCGAGGCCGUGGAGAGGCUCCGGGUCAAACUGGACGCGGAGACCGAGCUGCAGGCCGGGGAGAUGGCCGACGCGGGCAAACAGGGCAGCGCCAGCAGCAACGGGGACAGCGGGAUUGGAAACGCGUCCCCCCCUGAGGAGAGAGCGGACAGGGAUUUCCCCCCUGCGGUCCGAGAGCACCCGGGGGCCCACCUCCCCAGCUGCCCGUGGGAUUAUCCCCGGGCCGAGGACCUCCCCCCAAUGAAGCUCUCAAGGAGCGGGCAAAAACUGCACGGCGACAACGGCGGCGGCACACAUUCCCUUUCAGAGUCGCUGCCGGGCCCCGACUCCCUUCAUGAGUUUUACGGAGGUCCUCCGCCCAGGCUCGAGUUUCAGUUCAAGCCCCCACCGCCUCCCCUGCCUUUAAAUAAAAAGGCAAACGUGUUUGGAGACCCUCUCAGGGGUAGCCAAAGGUGGUUCUCAAAGCCCAAGUGGUCCAAAGCCCAAGGCGUUGACGCCGAGCCUCCGCCGAGCGACGGGUGGCCCUCCAGCCUCGGCCCCCCGGGGACCGGAACCGGCGCCGCUAACCUGCCCCCGCCGAUGAGCCACAUCCCCUCCAACAGGUACCACUCGGCAGAGGCCGCGAUGCUCCCUCCAAGACAGGAGUGGACCAAAAGGUUUCUGGAACAGAGAGACAAACAGCGGAAAGAUGACGGUACCAAAAAUGGCUCCAGGUUUUGGGGCAUGGGGGUCACCCGGGCCUCCAAGCGUCGCGCUUCCAAGCGGAUGAGCAUGGCGAGAUCUCUGGAUGACCUUGAGUCGGCGGCUUCCUCCGAUGGCGACUACAGCGGGGUCCAGCUGCAGGGAUGCUGCAGCCAGAGCAGCCUGAACAGCAACGGCAGUCUUCGUGGGGGGGGCAGCCUCCGAGGGGUCCCCGAGCAGCGCGUCGCCCGGUGGGCCGCCUGCUUCGAACGCCUCCUCCAGGAUCCAGUGGGCGUGCGCUACUUCUCGGAAUUUCUCAAGAAAGAAUUCAGCGAGGAGAAUAUCUUGUUCUGGCAGGCCUGCGAAUACUUCAGUCAUGUUCCUGCAGCUGAUAAGAAGCAGCUGUCCCAGAGAGCCGGCGAGAUCUACAACAGCUUCCUGUCCAGCAAGGCCACGAUGCCGGUGAACAUCGACAGCCAGGCCCAGCUGGCCGACGACGUGCUCACCUCCCCGCGGCCCGACAUGUUCAAGACGCAGCAGCUACAGAUCUUCAACCUGAUGAAGUUCGACAGCUACUCGCGCUUCCUCAAGUCCUCCCUCUACAAGGAGUGCGUGUGCGCCGAGGUGGACGGCCGACCCCUGCCCGACCCCUACCAGAUCCCCUGCAGCCCGGCGCCCUCGAAGCACAGUGCCAGCUCCGACCGCUCCACCCUCUCCACUCCCAAAAAGGUACAGGAGGCCAGAAAGCAGAGGUCGGGCAGGUCGCUGACCGAAGAGAGCAGGGAGGAGGGCGCCGACAAGAAGCGCGGCAUCUUCUUCUCGUGGUCACGCAACAGGAGCUUCGGGAAGGGCCCGAAGAAGAAGGACGUCAGCGACAUUAACCUCGAUCACUGGGGCAGUAAUGGGCGGAGGGAGUCCCAGGGCUCCUUGUCGUCCGGUACCAGUGUCGAGAUGGCCACUUCCUGCUCGGCUUCCGACAACCGCCACUCGGCGUGGGAGCGCUCCCCCAAACACUGCAGCGUGGUGCUGCCCAGCGGCUCCUGCUCUCCGCUCAGCCUUCGCCCCGGCGCCUCCAUAAGGGAAGUCCUGCAGGACCUGUGCCAGGGCGUCGGCAUCAACAUCGCCGCCGUCGACCUCUUCCUGGUGGGGGGGGAGAAGCCUUUGGUGUUGGACCAAGACUGCAUGACCCUCAGCUCCCGAGAGCUCCGGGUUGAGAAGCGGACUUUGUUUAGACUGGACCUGGUGCCCAUUAACCGCUCCGUGGGGCUUAAAGCCAAACCCACCAAGCCCGUCACUGAGGUCCUGCGCCCCGUGGUGGCCAAAUACGGCCUCCACCUCAGCGAUCUUGUGGCCAAAGUAAGCGGGCAAACUGAGCCCUUGGACCUGGGCGCCCCCAUAUCGAGCUUGGAUGGCCUGCGCGUGGUCUUGGAUCGAAUCGACUCGGCUUCGGGGAAAGACAAAUCGAAGUCCUCCUCCCUAAAAAACCACCCUCCGAGCAAAAGUUUCUCCGCCGCAGGAGAUGAGAGGUCGACACCAAAGGACUUCUCUGUGAGAGCAGGUGGACAAGACUCAGCCCUCCCUGGAGAAAAGAGAAAACAGAAAAAGAUUAAUAUAGAUGAAGCUGAAGAAUUCUUUGAGCUGCUGAGCCGGGCGCAGAGCAGCCGAGCCAACGACCAGCGCGGGCUCCUGAGCAAAGAGGACCUGGUGCUCCCCGACUUCCUGCGCCUGACCCCGGCCGCCUCCUCCUCCUCCUCCUCUUCCUCCUCCGCCCUGGCCUGCUCCACCCCGGACUCCCUGAAACAAGGCCGGGAGAACGGCGUCCCGCCGCGGGGGUCCCUCACCGCCGGCCUCCGCUCGGAGAGCCUGGACUCCUCGCUCGGCUCCGGCGCCAACGGACACUCCGGCAACAGGCGGUGCCUGCUGCCCCCGCCGCGCCACUCCACCUUCGGCACCCACCUCUCGCCCAUCUCCCGGCCCCUGGACACCCGGCCGGUCCUGCGCACCGUGGAGGAGGACGCCCACGCCGACCUGACUCUGGUGGGGGAGGGCGACAUCAGCAGCCCCAACAGCACCCUGCUGCCCCCGUCGCCGUCCCCGAUGCCGUCCUUCGACGGCAGCCUGCCCGAGGCGAACUUCACGCCCCCGCCCCCCUGCCCCCCCUCUCAAGACGCGGGUGGCGAGGGAAAGUCCCGCUCAGAGAAAGGAACGAACCCGACCGCCGACACCGAAUCACCCCCCGCCGCCGCCGCCGACGGCGCCAACGCAGCUCCCCGGGAAGUUCCGGAAGCGAUGGAUGUGGAGGGGGUCCACCUCGAGGAGGGAACGUCGGAGGCGUCCCGGGGCGAGGACUCGGAGCUCAGCCUGAGCUUCCAGGGCUACGUGGCCGAGCUGCGGCAGUGCCAGAGCAAGCUGAGGAACGCGCCGCCGAUGGCCCCCCCGAGCGGCCGCGACGCACCGGGGUGCAGGGACUGCAAGACGGACCUGUACAAGGCCACGAUUGUCUGAAGGGGAAACCUCCCCCCCCCAACUGCUGCACUUUUCAAACCCGAGGCACUGUCUUUCAAAAGGGAACGAGAUGGACGCUGGGCUGCAUGAACACGCCCCUAUAAUCUAAUCUACGUUACGGGGGAUACAUAUUGUACAUUUGUUACGAGUUCUGCCGUGUUAUUGGUUGGUUGGUUGUGAUUUCCUUUGGACAGUGAUAUUGUUUUUGUUAUGGUUUAGUUUAAUGAUAAGCAAAGGAAUUCUUUUAAGAGCCACGAAGACCAAGGGCGACCGUGGAAGAAGCGGGGCAUGCGUUUCAGAUUAUCAGUGGUUUUGUAAUGACUAUUUCCUUUCUAAUAGGCCAUCAAGAUAAAAUGAAAUCGCUUACUAAAAAGUACAUUUUUGUAGGAGACAAGAAAUUAACCAUUAUUGAAGCUAAUAAUUACAA